AUACGGCGCAGGACUCUCACCUCCGUCCGUCAUCCGAGCAUCCUGCGCGAGGGACACCGCUAAAAAGAGCUCCGUUUCCCUGAGCCAUUUCUGCGCGCGGGGAGCCAACGAGCGAGCGCAGGCUGGAUUCUCACCUUUCCGCUCGAGCUGCGAGACCAGACGAUGGAAAACUAAAAGUGUGAAAUUCUUCUCCCGUUUUUCUUAUUUGCGGUGUUUGAGGAAAACGUUUAGGCUAACUGUCAUUUCAUUUCAGUAUUUUGAACUUCUUUUCAUCCAGGACUACGGCGCCUCCUUCGCCGCCUUUGACAGGUUUAUUUCAUAUGGCUGGUGUCUGACCGGGUGCCAAGCUGGUUGUGAAGGUGUUUGAUCUGGUGCCCUCGCCCCAAGCCGCAGUCCCCAUGGCUGCCGGGGUGGCAGCAUGGCUUCCCUUCGCGCGGGCGGCGGCCAUCGGCUGGAUGCCCGUGGCCAACCUGCCCAUGCCCAUCGCGCCCGCCGACAAAGCCAAGCGCCAGGACGAGCUGAUCGUGAUAAACGUGAGCGGGCGCCACUUCCAGACGUGGCGCAACACCCUGGACCGCUACCCGGACAUCCUGGGCUCCACGGAGAAGGAGUUCUUCUUCAACGAGGAGUCGGGGGAGUACUUCUUCGACCGCGACCCGGACAUGUUCCGCAGCGUCCUCAACUUCUACCGCACGGGCAAGCUGCACUACCCGCGGUACGAGUGCAUCUCGGCGUACGACGAGGAGCUGGCCUUCUUCGGCAUCAUCCCCGAGAUCAUCAGCGACUGCUGCUACGAGGAGUACAAGGACCGCAAGCGCGAGAACGCCGAGCGCCUCAUGGACGACCAGGAGGACAACAAGGACAGCAAGCCGCCCAACAUGACGUGCCGCGAGACCAUGUGGCGGGCCUUCGAGAACCCGCACACCAGCACCAUGGCCCUGGUGUUCUACUACGUCACGGGCUUCUUCAUCGCCAUCUCCGUCAUCACCAACGUGGUGGAGACGGUGCCGUGCAGCCUGAUGCCCGUCCCGCGAUCGAUCGACCCCCGGUUGGGGGACGUCCCGUGCGGCGAGCGCUACACGGAGGCGUUCUUCUGCAUGGACACGGCGUGCGUGAUGAUCUUCACGGUGGAGUACCUCAUGCGGCUGUUCGCUGCGCCCAGCCGCUACCGCUUCAUGCGGAGCGUCAUGAGCAUCAUUGACGUGGUGGCCAUCUUGCCGUACUACAUCGGCCUGGUCAUGACCAACAACGAGGACGUGAGCGGUGCCUUCGUCACCCUCAGAGUGUUCCGCGUCUUCCGCAUCUUCAAGUUCUCGCGCCACUCGCAGGGGCUGCGCAUCCUGGGCUACACGCUGAAGAGCUGCGCCUCGGAGCUGGGCUUCCUCCUCUUCUCCCUCACCAUGGCCAUCAUCAUCUUCGCCACCGUCAUGUUCUACGCCGAGAAGGGCUCCACCUCCAGCAAGUUCACCAGCAUCCCGGCCUCGUUCUGGUACACCAUCGUAACCAUGACGACGCUAGGGUAUGGAGACAUGGUUCCUAAGACAAUAGCAGGAAAGGUCUUUGGCUCCAUCUGCUCAUUGAGUGGCGUGUUGGUGAUCGCGCUGCCGGUGCCCGUCAUCGUGUCCAACUUCAGCCGCAUCUACCACCAGAACCAGCGGGCAGACAAGCGGCGUGCCCAGAAGCUCCAGAAAGCUCGGCUGGCGCGUAUGAGGAUAUUAAAGACCAGCACCUCCAAUGCAUUCCUGCACAACAAACGCAACGGCCUCCUCAAUGAAGGCCUGGAGCUCACGCAAACCCCUUACAAGAUGAAACUAUCACAUCAGGGGUCUUUGGAUGAGGACCAGCAGCUCAAUAAACCAGAGACUCUAAUCGAAAGCCAACACCACCACCUGCUGCACUGUCUGGAGAAAACCACGAACCAUGAGUUUGUGGACUCUCAGUUCUACGAGCAGACGUACCUGGAGAGCGCCCUGCACAACUACCCGUCCCGGAGCCCCUCCCUCAGCAGCCAGGGCCUCACCGGCACCUGCUGCACGCGUCGGCCCAAACGGGCCGCGCAUCACGGGACCAACGCCACCGGCACCGCCGCACACACACACACACACUCACACACACACGCCAACACGGCAGGACUGCAGGAGCUCAGCGCCAUACACAUCCCGUGUGGGGAGCAGCCCCUCAGCACCAGUCGUUCCAGUCUAAACAUGCGCACAGAUGAUCAGCAGUCGCGACUCAACUGCCAGGGCGGCCAGAUCACCACGGCGAUCAUCACCAUACCAACGCCCCCGGAAAGCACGCCCGACGGCGACGGACACGCCCCGCCCCCUCCUGUGUCAUCACCGGGCGUGGCCAAGGAGUCCUUCCUGUGAGGGGCGUGGCCAGAGGCAGGACCCAGAGAGGAAUGGGAGGGAACAGAAGACGAGACCGGGGCGGAGCCUAUCUCACUUGAUUGACUGAUGAGCAGCCCGCCCCUGUUGGCUAAAAUUCCGUACUGUAUUGAAACUGUGGCCAGCAGGCACACACCCCACACGAAUGUGUGGGAUUUCGGUUUGGGGAGGGGUGCGUAGUGUGUUUGUGUGAGUGAUGGUGUAUGUGUGUGUGUGUGUG